AUGACACAUGAUUCUUUGUGUGGACUCGAUUACAUUCACUCGAUGCAACCUAAAGAGAUUCUGCACGGUGACAUCUGUCCAAGGAACAUCUUAGUAACAGCAACGAUGAGAGCGAAACUGGGUGAUCUAGGAGCUGCUCGUUUUCAAGAUGCUUCACUUUCAGUUGGUCUGCUCAGUCCACAAUACACACCUCCUGAGAGAUUUGAUGUUCCAGCUUUACCAAAAAGCAAGAAAACAGACAUGUACAGCAUAGGAGUGACCAUAUGUAAGCUCUUCACUGCUGUUCUUCCAGAUUGUAAACAAAGGAUGGAUCAAGUCUUACUUAUCUGUGAGAUAAAUGUCCGCUUCUUAUGUAAACACUUGAUGAGAGAUGAUCCUGCCACACGACCAACAGCAGCACACGACCAACAGCAGCACACGCCCGUCAUAUCAUUAGUCGUAUUUGUUUGA